AUGAUCAUCUCAUACAUUCUGCGACGCGCAGCGUUCACGAUCUCAUUUAUACUUCUUAUUGGAUACUUCUUAGGAGUGAUUUUUGUGUUGUACUUUGGUUAUAUCCAGUCACUGUUCUUACAUAGUGACUGGAAGGUCAAUAAAGUCGACAGUCAGUUGGGAACAAUUGACUUAAUUUUCACAACUGGAAAAGACCACAACAUCAAGGUGAGUACUUUUUCUAUAAUGGGAUACCUUGGGGACACAUACAUUGGGGAUGCUAUGGUAAAAGACUUGAAGAUUAACAAAGAGAAUUCAAUAACACUUGCUGUGAAAGAUGUAACUCUUGAUACUCUCCAAGAGAAUAUUAACACAUUGGCUAUAAGACUGGGAAAGAUUAAAGUGGGCUGGUUCAAUUUUGACAUAGACACUAACGUUAGAACACUUCUUCUUCCCGAUACUAUUAUCUAA